GCGGGGUAUUGAAACAAGAGGCACUGUUCGCACACAAUUCGGACAAUCACCAUCCCCAGGGAAUGGAUACAGACAGACCCUGGGGAACAAAUCCAGUCAUCUAUCUUAUGCCAGUAAUGGCCAGGUUCACGUCCAGUGGUAGCAAUGGUCCUCAAUUGCCAGACAUUGGCAGUGUAAGCUGGCGAUGGAAGAGAGUGGAAGACGGCCGGAGCCGCAUGAAUCCUCUGGAUCCGUCCAGAACGUUACUCCAUUUUUUUCACCCGCCGAUUUGUACAGACCAGCGCCUUUUACUUUUCUCGAAUACCACAACCACCACCUACCUAAAUUUUUGUGCACGUUAAGUUUUCCUUACGGACUGUUGAACUUGUUCAAAACCAGUUUUGAUCAUCAAUCCUGCACGCAAACGUCUACCCUAUCUCCGACAUUCCUGUUAUCAACACACAAAACCCCUCACCAUGGACGCCAACAUGAACAACCUCCUCAAAUGGAGCAUUCAAGCCUCCACCGAAAACCGCGCCGCAGACGGCGACAACAGCAGCAACAAUAACAACAAUGCUGUUACUCCCGCGCAACCAUCCAGCAACGCCUCCCGUGGUCUCAACCCGGAGAUGCUCUCCGCGCUGUUCGGCGGUCCCACCGACGCCGACCUGAUGAAAGCCUCCAUGGAGGCCUUGCGCUCCGACGAGGUGGACCUCGAGAACAAGUUGAUCGCGUUCGACAACUUCGAGCAGCUGAUCGAGGGUAUCGACAACGCCAACAAUCUGGAGCCCCUGGGUCUGUGGACCCCUCUGGUGGAAUUGCUCCAGCACGAGGAGGCGGAGAUGAGACGUAUGGCGGCCUGGUGUAUUGGAACGGCCGUGCAGAACAACGAAAAGGCGCAGGAUAAGCUCGUCGUUCUCAACGCCCUCCCAAGGCUCGUGACCAUCUCCACCACCGAUUCCACCCCCAACGUCCGCAAGAAGGCAAUCUACGCCAUCUCCUCGGCGGUCCGCAACUACCAGCCCGCCAUGGACGAAGUGACCAAGAGCCUGCCCGAGGGUUACUCCCGCGACAAGAUUGACGCCGGCGAUAUGGAUGCCGUGGAUGCGCUCAUGGAUAAGCUGCGGGCGCACCCGGUUGAGUCUGCUUGAGCGACUUGACUAGUUGCCUAUUUGAU